AUGCCCCCGACAACGUACCAAAAGCUCCUCAACAAGCACGUCCUCGUCAUCGGCGUUUCUUCCGGCCUAGGCGCCGGCGUCGCCGAAGCCUCUCUGGAAUCCGGAGCCUUCGUCACCAUCGCCUCCUCUCAAUCCAUAAUCGACGCCACCAUCGACCGUCUUCGCGAACUUUACCCAGAGUUUGAUUCCAAGGUCCAGAGGAUCGCCGUUGAUCUUUCUGCUUCUUCUUCAUCCUCCUCGCAGCACUCUGGGGCAGAGGCAGAGGCAGAGGCAGAGGCAGAGGCAGACACAGACUCGGACACAGCCCUCGAACAAAAACUCCACCACCUUUUCGUUACCACACCCACUUUACACUCCUCCUGCUCCGAAUCUGGAAUCUCAAACCCGAACCCCAAAAAGGUCAACCACGUAAUCCUCACAGCCGCCGACCCCCUUUCCGUCCACCCCCUUUCUUCCCCAAGUGGUCUAACCCCCUCCACCAUUUCAACAGCAACCCACUUCCGCCUCACCCUCCCGCUCCUCCUCGCCAAGGUUUCUCUGCAACACCUCCCCGCAUCCACUACCUCUUCCCUAACCCUCACCUCCGGCACCCUAGCCAAAAAGCCCUCACCUGGUUGUGCGUUGCUCAGUUACUUCGCCGGCGGGUUGAUCAGCCUCACUAAGGCGUUGGCGCUGGAGAUGAAGCCCGUGAGGGGCAGCACCGCCGCGCGAACAUACCUGGCUUUUCACCACAACGCCAAGCUCUACAAGCUCUCAACUGUAGUCUCGGCAAUCAAGCCCUUUUCUGCCUUGGAAGAAGCCAACAAGCUUCUCUUCAAGAAAGGCAAGGACGAUGAGUCGAAAAGCUCAGAUGAUGAGUUCGCCAUAGUGGCCGAGAAGACCAUCUUUCACCCACAAGGAGGCGGUCAACCCUCUGAUGAAGGCGUCAUGACCAAGUGCAAUGACAGUGUCUUCCGCGUGAGCAUGGUUCGGAUGGACGCCGUGAACGACGGACAGGUCCUCCAUUUUGGUCGCUUCGACUCUUCCUCCUCUGCCAACAAGUUCCAAGUAGGCGACACAAUCGAACAAUCCAUCGACAUCGACAAACGUCUCUUGUACUCCCGCCUACACACGGCGGGUCACGUCCUAGGCGCUGCGGUCCGGCACUUGCUCGAGAAGGAGAUUCCCGGGUUCGACGAGCUGAAGGCCUCGCAUUUCCCAGACAUUGCAGGAUGCGAGUUUCAGGGCUCGAUUGAAGGGAAAUGGAAGGAGCCGAUCCAGCAGAAGGUGGACGAGUACAUUGACAAGGCGAUGCCGGUCGAGGUGGAUUUCUGGGACGAGGAGGAUUUCAGGAAGAACGGGCUGGAGAGGCUUAUUCCCGACCGGAGCUUGGCGCCGCCGGGGGAGAAGUUCAGGGUGGUCAAGAUUGCGGGCGCCGAGGUGUAUCCGUGCGGCGGGACGCAUGUUGAUACCACGGAUUUGUGCGGGAAGACGACGGUGAAGAAGAUUUCGAGGAGUAAGGGAACUUCGAGGGUGUCUUAUAACGUGGACUGA